AUGUUGGGUUCUUCAUCUUGCUCACAACAUCAUCAUCAAGAACAACAACAACAACAAGAAGUUCAUUUACAAACAGAUCCAUCCCCACCACCGCCACCGCCACCGCCAGGAACCGCCGGUCAGCUACACCACCACCAGAUCCAACAACAUCAGCAUCAAGAAGUCGAGAUGGUGAGCAGGUUAAGUAGCUACACCCCACCAUCUAUCUACUUACGUCAACUCCUCUCAAGCUGUGCCCAGUCCAUUUCCAACUCCGACUUCGCCGCCGCCCACCGUAUCACCACCAUCCUCUCCUCCAAUUCUUCCCCUUACGGCGAUUCCUCGGAAAGAUUAAUCCACUCUUUCACCAAAGCCCUUUCUCUUCGCAUCCGUCUCCACCUUAACCUACCAACGCCUUUUCCCAUCAAAGUUAACAAUUUUUCUAAUAAUUCUUCCUCUAAUUACCAUGAUCAAAAUGAUGAUGCGAUUCUACAAUCAUCAUAUUUAUCACUCAAUCAAAUAACCCCAUUCAUAAGAUUUAGUCAGCUCACUGCUAAUCAAGCUAUCUUGGAAGCCAUUGAUCAACCCCAACCACAAAAUCAUUCUUUUACUUCUUCUCCUCAACCUCAUGAUAUUCAUAUAUUGGAUUUCGACAUCAUGCACGGCGUCCAGUGGCCGCCGUUGAUGCAAGCCAUCGCCGACCGCCACCAUCCUCCAACCCUACGCAUCACCGCCACCGGCACCAACCUUGACAUCCUUCGUAGAACCGGAGAUCGUCUCUCCAAGUUCGCCCAUUCACUCGGUCUCAGAUUCCGAUUCUUCCCCCUCCUACUUCCUGACCAAACCAACAACCACCACACCGUCGACGACGUCAUCAACCACCUCUCGGCGGUUCUCCUCCUCCCUAACGAAAUCCUCGCCGUGAAUUGCGUCCUCUACCUCCACCGCCUCUUGAUCGACCGAGAUAAACUCUGCUUGUUACUAAGAAAGAUCAAGGCCAUGAACCCUAAGGUGGUCACCUUAGCAGAAAGGGAAGCAAACCACAACCACCCAUUAUUCUUGUCGAGAUUCGAGGAGGCUUUGAGCUAUUAUACUGCCAUCUUCGACUCUCUAGAAGCUACGCUGCCACCAAACAGCAGGGAAAGAAUGGAGGUGGAGCAGGUGUGGUUUGGGAGAGAGAUUGCAGACAUAGUUACAGCGGAGGGAGAGAAGAGGAGAGAGAGACAUGAGAGGUUUCUAUCGUGGGAGAUGAUGAUGAGGAUCGCUGGAUUUCGGAAUGUUGCAUUAAGCCCAUUUGCUCUUUCACAAGCCAAGCUGCUGUUGAGACUUCAUUAUCCAUCUGAAGGUUAUAAUCUUGAGGUUGUCAAUGAUUCUUUCUUCUUGGGGUGGCAGAAUAAACCCCUUUUCUCUGUUUCUUCUUGGUAUUAA